UGAGUUUUCAUGGCAGCGGCACUCUAGGGCUGCCAUGGCAGCUGCUGCCGCCGAUGCCUCACACCGUAUUACCGCACUGACGCCGGAGGAAGAGGGACGACGGACUGCCGUCAAACUGUUUGGGAGCGCCGCCCCGCUGCCACGGACAGAGAGAGAGCGAGAGCGAGAGAGGGGGAAAGAGAGGGAGAGGGGAGGAGAGGGCGAAGAGAUAGGGAGAGCAAGUGGGAACGAGUGUUUGGUGUGCGGGGCUCUGUUCGCCUCAGAGGAGAAGCUGCGGGUCCACGCCCUGAGUCACACGGGAGAGAAACCCUUCCACUGCUCGCAUCCACACUGUCCCAAGGCCUUCAGCUCCAAAUACAAACUCUUCAGGCAUAUGGCCACACACUCUCCACAGAAGACCCAUCAGUGCUCAUUCUGUGAGAAAAUGUUUCACCGCAAAGACCACCUUAAAAACCACCUGCAGACCCAUGACCCCAACAAGGAGGCCUUCAAGUGUGAGGAGUGUGGGAAGCACUACAACACCAAGCUGGGAUACAAGCGUCAUAUGGCCAUGCACUCUGCCACGGCAGGGGAUCUCACCUGCAAAGUGUGCAUGCAGAGCUACGAGAGUACGCCUGUUCUCCUGGAGCACCUCAAGAGCCACUCCGGGAAGUCGUCAGGUGGCACCAAGGAGAAAAAACAUCCAUGUGACCACUGUGACCGUCGCUUCUACACAAGGAAGGAUGUAAGGCGGCACAUGGUGGUCCACACAGGCCGUAAGGACUUCCUGUGUCAGUACUGUGCCCAGCGCUUUGGCAGGAAGGACCACCUGACACGCCACGUGAAGAAGAGCCACUCGCAGGAGCUGCUGAAGAUCAAGACAGAGCCACCAGAUAUGUUAGGUCUUUUAGCUUCCGGAUCCCCGCCCUGCUCUGUGAAGGAGGAGCUCAGUCCAAUGAUGUGCGGCAUGGGUCCCAACAAAGAUCCAAUGAUGGGCAAACCUUUUCCCAGUGGAGCCCCUUUUCCAAUGGGCAUGUACAACCCCCACCAUCUCCAGGCAAUGUCUAAUACGGGGGUGGGUCACCCACACCCGUCCCUAAUGCCCAGCUCCUUGUCUGCAGCUAUGGGCAUGGGCUGCCACAUGGAAUCCCCUGGACCUCUUCACCCACUCUCCCAUCACCACCACCAUCAUCACCACCAUCACCACCACCACCAUUCCCCUCCACUGCCUACCCACCACCAGCCUCCGGCUCCCCAGCAGCAGCACCAGCCCCAGCCAGCCCCCAAAUACCAGCUGGGAUCUACCUCAUACCUGCUGGACAAGCCCUUGAAAGUGGAGAUGGAAAGCUUCCUCAUGGAUCUGCAGAGUGGCUUGCCAUGUCCAGAGCCCCACGCUGCUGCCUCGCCCCCCAAGGACGGACUGGAGCCCACCUCGGGCCUGACGGAUGAGCUUUGCGGGGAUCCCCUCCUGUCCAAGAGCCCUGCGGUGAUCGCUGAGUCUCUGUGUGCUGCUAACAUGGACUUCUCCCAUCUGCUGGGGUUCCUGCCCCUCAACCUGCCCCCCUACAGCACCCCCAUGAACACAGGAGGGCUGGUGAUGGGCUACACCUCAUCUGCAACCUCCUCCUCUUCUUCCUGCUCCUCCUCCUCAUCUCUGCACGCUGCCGAGCCCCAUGCAGCUGCCAUCGCCACGGCACCUCUUACCUCUUUGCAACCGCAACCUCAGGAGCAGCAGAGCUCCAGUGGGGGUCUGGGCCUCGGACCCAUGCACCCCCUCCCCCCAAUGUUCAGCUCCAGCCUUAGUACCACCACACUGCCUCGCUUCCACCAGGCUUUCCAGUGAGAGAGAGCCGGCCCUCGGCUCAGCCCUGCGCAGCCAUGGCGGCCUCCGUGCCUUCCUCAGCUCAGCUCAGCUCAGCAUGGAUACUUCAGGUGUGGCGCUUCACAAAGCCUGAUUGAAAAGUUGGAGAAUUUGAAUUAAUAAACAAGCAAAUGAACACUUAGAAGCCUUAAAUGAAAGUGCACAAAAGCUUUUGAUUGAGCCUUAAAAGGAAGUUAAACCCCUUUGAGCAAAAAAUUAAAAGGUGAGAAAAGAAGAUAAAGCAGCUUUUAUUUGGGCUUUUCUCCCCUUAUCCUAUAGUUAUAACGACGUAUUAACCCUUCUUUUUUAAAUUUCCAUUUACCUCAACUUUUAUCCCCCUUCCAUCCCCUAUUUAGUAGUAUAGAGGGCAGGAUCAGUAGGCCAAAAGGCACGGUACUGCAUACUUUAUCAUGUAAUAAUUAAAAAAAGUCAAAGAUAUUUUUUAGUGAAGAUUGUCUGUCUUGUUGUGACCCAGAAAAAAAUAUAGUUUGAAGUGGAUAUUUUGUUUUACUUUAUUUUUCUUUUCCAAAUGUAAGAACAUUGUAGAAUGUGUCUCAUCUUGACUUUUGAACCACCCACUGUCAUGACGAGUACAGAGAGGAGAGAGAUCAGUGAAGGAAUGAAGUGAGAUAGAAAUCCAGUGAACGAUUUAAUCUUAGCUCGAAAAUCCUCCUCUUAAAACCACCAGGCUCGAGCCACAAAAGUGAGCCCUGCCUCUAAAAAAGUGCUCUUCACACGAGAUUAAAGCAACAGUCUGAUGGAAGACCCAGUUUUUUGAACAACUGAUGUGCUCCCAGAGUCAGGUCAGUUUUAAUGGAAAUAGUUCACUCAAUGAAAACCCGAGGUCCUGCCUCCUCUGCUUGCUGCCAAACACAGAGACCAGUCACACACACUUUUAAACGAGAGAAAAAACAAAAAAACAGGAAGAAAGGUAGAAGUGUGUGAGUUGGUUGAAUAAGUUGUAUCAUCAUGCUGGCUUUUUUUUUUUUUUUUUUAAACUUUUCCUCAAGAGAAGCACUUUUUUCUAGCAGACGGCACUUCACCUUUAGGAAUCUCCCCAGGAAACCUUUAGUCUCCUCACUUGUGACUUCCAGAGGUUUUCACUGCCUAAGACUCGUGGUUGCUCAAAAGUCCCAGAAUCCACCUGGUUUCUUUUGUGAGGACUCUUCUUCCUUCACCCGUCUUCCCCAUAACAGUUAUCUUUUUUUAAAGUUCCUUCGAUAGCGACAUACUGCAGCCGGCACUCUGCUGCCUGACAUAUCUAAAACAUAGGCUAUAUUUUUGGAAUAUAACACAGACACAUCUUUAUGCAGUCUUUCAAAAAAGAUGCAUCAUCAUAUUAAUGGUGAACCCUGACAUAUGUGAAUGGCAAAGAACAAGAAUAACAGUGACAGAUGAGGACAAAUGUGGUAAAGAAUGUUAUUGCAGUGUACGAAAUAUCUCAAAAAUGAAUAUUAUAAUUGCUUUUAUCUCAGUAAGGUGUAUUUUAGGUAGAUGUAUUAAAACUAAGUGAUGAUGUUUUUGAUGUCUGGCAGGUUUACAUUUGUGUGUAUCUUGCAUUUUUUUUGAUCAAACAAAUGGAUGAAGUAUUAGCUUUUUCCCUUAUGCUUUCUCUGUCAUAUCCAGUCUUUACCUUUACAUGUACUUGAGAUAGUAUAGUGGGAUCAGAACUGUGGAUGGGAAAUAUCUAUAGACGGCUGUUAGUGGCUUAAUAAUCAAGUAGGACUUGAACUAGAUUGUGUCGUAGGGAUGCUGACGUGGAUGGCCUAUGGAUUUAUGACUGUAGGUCGUAAUCUGGUAGAAUAUGUAAAUCCCAGAGCAGGUUUCACUCCGAGCUCAGUGGUUUUGGAUACCUCGGAGUUUAGAGCCUUUUUAACCAUUCGCCACCAGCCUUUAAAAACCUGAGCCCAAAGUUAACCCUAAACCUCAAAGUGAAACCGGGGCUCCUUUAGCUUCUGUUCUGUCCGUGGCAUGACAAACACAACUGACAUAUCCAUGAGUUCACACAGGGCCGAGCGCCUGCAUCCUCUGUGACAUCAUCUGUCUGGGCGCACGUGUCGUUCCAGUCACAGGAGGAGCCCCCGCUCACUCCGCCGCUAACAAACAUUCAAUGAGUGAAAAAGAACAAAGAGAAGAAAGAAACAGGAAAAAAAAACACAGCACGUAAAACAAGGAAACAUAAAAUACAUAUUGCUGCUUUUAGCCACCGUUGCUGAUGGACAACGACUGUAGACCACUAGAUCAUUUCAAUCUUUUGCAAGUAAACAGGAAGCUGAAAACAUGCACAACCAGAACCGAUGAAGUGUUCAUCAGCCCCGGCCUCCCCCAAACCACCCCAGUCACCCCCAUAUUUCUCCUCCUCCUCUUCUCUCAGCUGCUUUGUAGAGUCAAAGGAAAAGGGUCUGAAAAUACAGCGAUAUCUGGAAGAAUGCAGUCACUGAAAUUCCCGAGGCUUUGACAUUCAAAGCACAGGGGGAAACGCGACUGACUGCGAGACUUGCGGUAUCGCUCAUAGUCAUAUAUUUGUUUUGUUUGUUGUCAUAUGAUAUAUUAUUUUCUGUUUGUAUAAA